AAGAGUGUUGAACAGAGAAUAAUAUCCUUUGCCUCGUUAGAGAUAAAGAAUUUAAUAAAAAUUGAAAUGAAUUUAUUCACAUGACAGUCUUGUCAAGCUUUUCAUACAGUUUUCGAAAUAGUUUAGGUUUUUGAAUGUAAACAAUUGGAAAAUUUCAGAUUGCGCAUGUGCAACGUUCUUCAUUCUCUUUCCCAUUCAUCGCUUUUUUUCUCAAAAAGUUUCGUGUGUUAAGAAUAGUAGUGAAAAUUCACUCUGCCGAGUAAACAUGUUUUCCAAUUUCGUUUAUACCUUUUGUAGAAAUUCUGGUAAAAUUGAUCAAUAAACAGCUUACAAGUAAGAGAAAGUGUUGUUGUAAGCUCAAUUUGAGCUUUAACUUGUUAAGUUGUGCACUUUAGAUAUGUAAAUAGUCAUUUUGGAAGAAAACCAAUAAAACAACAACAAACACGAAUCCGUGAAAAACUCAAUAAGAAGAAAACUUCCACACAAGAGAAGACGAACGAACGAGCAAGCAAGAUAAAAAUGAUGGAAGGAAUCGAAUUGAAUGAUGAUGCUAGGAACACAACUUAUGAACCAUUAGGAAGCACGGCAAGGAAUUUCAUCGAUUCAAGUCCUGACCACAGUUCAAAUGCAAAUGCGCCAAAAGAUCAAAAAAACAUCGUAUACCUUUCACUCCUAACUGCUGGUAUUGGAUUUGUUCUUCCUUACAAUUCUUUUAUAAUUGCUUCAGAUUAUUGGAGUGUGAGAUUCCCAUUAAGAUCAGUUGAACUUGACCUCAGCUGCACUUACAUCAUCGUUGCUUUCGCAUCAGUUUUAUUAAACAAUAUUUUCUUAUCAUUCGCACCAUUUCGAGUAAGAAUAUUGUUUGGUUAUAUCAUAUCAUUUGUAACAUUAGUCUUCAUUGCACUUUGCGAAGUUGCAUGGCAUCUUUUCUCAGCUCAAACUGCAUACUCAGUCAAUUUAGCAGCAGUCAGUCUUGUUGCUAUAGGUUGCACUGUUCAACAAAGUUCAUUCUACGGUUUUGCGGCAUUAUUACCAAAGAAAAAAUAUACUCAAGCUUUGAUGACCGGAGAAAGCAUUGCCGGAUUUUUAGUCUCAACAAAUAGAGUUGCAACAAAACUUCUCAUUCAAAAUGAUAAAAUAUCAACUGUUAUCUUCUUCCUGACUUCCACUGUUUAUAUUGCAUUAAGUUAUGUUCUUCAUGUGAUCACAAUUGAUUCUCCUUUCAUUCGAUAUCAUCUGAAAUCAUGUACGAAGAUUGUUUUGAGGCCAGAUGAGGAACCUGAUGGAUCAUCGCUUUAUGGUGUUUUGAAUUUAGACACGCCACCACCUUCCAACCAACCUGCUCUCAGUUUCAGUAAUCCAGUUUAUGAACUUUCAAAUCCCAUCGGAAGUGGUGAUGGAAAUUUAGAAUCGUCAUUAAUUCGUUCCAAUGAAUCGUCAAUGAAUUCGAGUGCCGUAACUGCAACACUCAAUCAUGAUAUUCUCUCAUCCCCCAGUGGAAAUGCUCCUGGGACCGCUUACAAAGUUGAACAUGUUCUGUCAACUCCUGGCACAACAAACAGCUUCCGAAGCUUUCGUCGAUUGAGAGAUGGAAUGGACGAAAGAAUUAAAGUUGCGAAGGCAAUUUUUCCUUACAUGACAUGCAUUGCCUUAGCUUAUUGUGUCACUUUGGCACUUUAUCCUGGACUUGAAUCGGAAAUUAUUUCCUGUAACUUAAAAAAUGAAUGGAUGCCUGUUCUUCUCAUGUUCACUUUUAACACAACUGAUGUUAUUGGAAAAAUUUUGGCAGCAGUUCCUUAUGGAUGGUCUCGAAGGCAGCUUAUUCUCAUGUCAUCUUUAAGGGCACUUCUUAUUCCACUUCUUCUCCUUUGUGUUGCUCCAAGGAAAAAUCCAACAAUCUCUGGAGAACUUCCAGCUUUUGUCUUCACAGCUGCUUUAGGUGUAUCAAAUGGACUUGCUGGAAGUCUACCGAUGUUGCUUGCACCACAAAAGGUUGCUGCACCUUUGAAAGAAAUGGCGGGAAAUAUUAUGACAAUAUCUUAUAUGACGGGACUUACGGCAGGCUCCCUUGUUGGGUACGUUUUUGAGAAUAUGUUGGGACCGCCAAUUGCAUACCCGUGCCCGCAGUAUCCAUACGUUCCAAAGAAGCCCGAUGAAAUCGAAACAACAACUACAGCUAUUGUCAUGACAACAACGCAGCUCAUACCGACUAUUGCUACUUUUUUCUCAUCAACGUCUAAUCCAAUGAUGACUUCAGAUCUCCCAAAUGAUCUCACAACUUUUGGAAACUUUCUCAACUCUUCAACAAGUUUUGGUCUUAACAGUACAUUUAUUACUGAAAUUUAAACUGUUAAAAAUCAAAAAUGAUAUUCAUAGCAAGCAUUAUACAUGACAUUACAUAAAACAUAAAUAAUCAAUUAAUAUCUAUCGUAAAACAUAAUAUAAAUGUACAUAUAAUUUGAUUUUUUUAUUUUCCGAAUAUUUGUCAAGAUUUCAAGAAAUACUUAACAGCAUAAAAUUGUCUCGUAAAAUAGAAGAAUAAAUGUUACUGAAGUUGUGACAUAACGUACUAAUUAAUUGAUAACAAUA